UUCGACAAGACCAGGUGCCGCAAGCGUUGUUUGUGCUCUUCACAAGUGCAAAAAUUCGGUUCGGGCAUUUAUAGCGGUGAACUGACCCGAAGGAAAAAUCUUUUUCGACAAACGAGAGAUUCGGUGUGCAACAGGUGAAGUGGUGAUUGCCCUUUGGAUAAAAUUGUAUAACGCUUAUCAAUAAAGGAGGAACGUAGUGCCCACAACGGAGAAUAGAACAAAAACCUGCUUGUGCAAUUGAGGCCGAACGAUAGCUGCGACGACUUUACUGUUAUUGUUCUAGAAUGGAGAUAGUAGAUAAGGGACAUUUAAUUGUGUAUUUUUAGACCCCUAAUCGGAUACUAUAGUUGUACGUCCAUUCUAAACGUUCCCCGUAUACGCUCUCUGGAUAGAAGAACACAAGGGGGCAGAUUGCGCGCCUUAGCAAUGUGGUGCGCGAUGAGAUCGCGCUGCCGUCUCAAAAGUUAUCCGUCUGCGCCGAGUGCUGCUCGGUGCGUCGCCUCUUCGGUGUUGCUGUGGACCAUCUCUGGAGUCACCGUUUUGGCGCUAGCUACCCUAGCGUAUUGUCCUGCACCUUCGAGUGGUUUACGCACGCCAAAUCUACCGGGUCCGAUUACCCCACAACCCUUACCGACGUCCCUUUUAAAUGACUUCAUAGCACCUUCGUCCGUAGUCUUCCCAUCGUCAACACCGAUUUCUGCCUACAUAAAUCAAUUAGCACAACAACAACAACAACAACGACAAUUUUUUCAGCAUUCAUUCCAUAAGCCGCCAUUAAUUAGGCCUCCUCAGGCGCUGCUGGCACCACACGGGCCAUAUUUUCGGCAGGCGCUUCAAACCGUGUUGCCAACAGCUGUCACUCGUCGAUCGCUGAUUGGCUGGAAUAACCAGGAUCCAACACCGCUAAAUCCGGUGUACAGACCGCCAGCUCAGCCAGCGUUACAACCCGUGGAACAGCUAGAGGCUGGUCAGUCAGGAACGAUUGUUUUUACUCAAGAACGCACUCUUUCAAAGGUUGCCCCUACUGUAUCGCCAUUGAUAUCCAAAGAACUCGAGCCGCCCCUAAGCGACGAUCGAGCAAAGAGCUCGGACAUUAUUCCAGAGUCCCUCGUAGGCCGGCACGGAGGCAGCUUGCAUAAUAAUGUUAAACCCGACGCCAAACCUAUCAAUUGCAAUGAUACCUGCUAUAAGCCUAAAAAGGAGGGUAAAAGCCUAAAGAAUCUUGAGAAUAAAUUCAACCGUACCCAGACAUGUCACUGCGAUCAUGAUUGCGCCUUAUUUGGUGAUUGCUGUCCUGACGUCCUGAGUGCCCAAAGCACGCCCGAUUGGUACUGCAUUUCCGCUACUGAAAAACAGAACUUUUGGGUGAAACAAACGUGCCGACGAGGCUGGCGAGGACAUCCGAAUAUCGUGCACGAAUGUGAAGAGCAAGAGGCAGACGCGCUCUUGAAAGAUCCAUUUCGUUCGAGGCCCGUAUCUUCGCAUGUGACAAAUAUCUCCUACAAGAAUAUAAUGUGCGCUAUCUGCAAUGACGACGUCGAAAAUUACACUCAUUGGAGGAUCAAACUUCAGCCUCCGGAGGAUACGAUUUACGGAAUCAACGAAACUGAUCUGGAUACGCUACACUUUUCACACGAACGUGGUGUUUGGCUGAUGAACAAUCGGCAGGUCGUCCUCUCGUUGUCGAUCCCGCUCGAAAAGAUAUUAUUUGCACCGCCGCAAUGUAAUGCCAUUGUAGGACGCUGCCUUCCGCAGUACAACGGAACCGAGCUCGAGGAACGUUGCGGAAGCUACCAGUCUGUUGUUCACGACCCCAGAAACAGAUUAAAUUAUCGGAACUUCGACUGUGCAUUAUGUAACGACGUGCCUGUUGACAAUUUGAAUUGUGGAUUCGCACCCCCUCAGGGUUUCUAUACAGUAAAUGCAAGAAAUUUUGCAUUUGGACUUUUAUUGGAUUUCACGGGCUCAGGUCAUGUCGGGAAAAAGCUGAUGUGCCCCGGUGAACACCAGGAGUAUGACUAUUUUUAUGCUAAGUGUCGGGAUAUCUUCUGUGCGCAACCAGACAAGGUCUAUCGAAACCGGGAGUGCGUGUCUGUAAAUCAGGGCUUAAUCGAAGACACUUCUCCUGCAUCGAUCGAUAAUAUGAAGUCACCCUAUAGAAACAAUAACACCAGCGAACGGUCGGUGUUCAGUGAAGAAUUCCUGAAGUGUCCUAGGACAUUCCUUAACAAGGAUGAAUUUACAUACCUCAGUAACGAAUCCAUAUUCGUGGAGAAAUAUAAUACCACAUAUACUAAAGUGAAUUAUCUGCCAACGAAGUUGGGCGCAUACAUUUGCCUCCACGCAGUGAACAUGUCAUCGAAUGAGCUCGCCAAGUUCUCGCAGUCCAUGGGCUAUAUUUCGGCAGUUGGGCUUGGCGUCUCAAUAGCAUGCCUACUACUUCACUUAGCCGUGUUCUUCCUCCUGCCGGAAAUGCGAAAUCUUUCUGGGAAGAACCUCGCAUGCCUUUCCAUAUCGCUACUCGUUGCUUAUCUCUCCUUCAUAGCCGGACAGGUAGACAACUCGACCGCUGGCACAGUCUUUUGUCGUGCAAUUGCUCUGUUGACCUACUCGUCGUUCUUAGCGGCGUUCUUCUGGAUGAACUCAAUGGCUUUUGAUGUCUGGCGGACCUUACGGAUGGCCACAAAGGAGCUGCGCGUCACCACAGGACCGCAAUGGAAAAGAUUCACUUUCUAUAGUAUUUACUCCUGGGGAAUGACAGCCUUCAUCGUGGGUCUUUCAAUUGUGCUCGAACACGACCCCGAUUUCCUACCACCGGAAUAUCGGCCUGCGUUCGGCAAAUAUACAUGUUGGUUCGGCCAUCGGAAAGCAUUACUAAUAUUCUUUGUUGCACCGACAGGCACUAUCAUGAUGCUUAAUUUCCUGUUUUUUCUUCUGACUGCUCUCAUGAUUAUAUCGUCCUCCUCGGCAUCUGCCUCAAUCGUAAAGGACCCUUCGAGUUCCGUGCGAACUAAUUAUCGUCUCUAUAGUCGCUUGGCGAUAAUGCUCGGCCUUGUCUGGAGUACUGGUUUCUUCGCUGGAUACUUAAACAACGAGGUUCUUUGGUAUAUAUUUAUUGUACUUAAUACGCUCCAGGGGUUAUUUAUCUUUAUUGCAUUUUCAUGCACCAAGAAAGUUAUGUGGUACUGCAAGGAACGAUUGCCAGAUUUCCUCAAACCUUCAAUUUACAGGCUUUUCGUGCUGCCUUGUUUCAGGUCUUCCGUGUCGUCCCAUUCGUCGAGCAGUGGCGGAGGCCAUUCAAGCGGCUCCACGCAGCAUUCAGCAUUAUCUCGGAGAUCAUCACCUCGAUCGUCUGUUAACUAUCGACAUACAGCCCCUUAUCUCAUCUACGGCGGGAACAAUAAGCUAGAUAUGUACUGAGAUGACGCAGGAGCCCCUCUUUCAAAUUUAAAUUUCUUCUCCAGUAUGCGCGCACCGCUCCACCGUUCCAUCACUGCCCAUGGCGUCAGAAGCGGCAAUCGGAUUCGGCGCAGUUCCAUCGCAAUGAAAACGUACUUAAUGAACGACGGACUCCAGAUAAAAUUUAUCAGUAGUAUUUUUAGCCACGUUAAAAAAAGAUUGCAAUAAUGUAAAGCUAUCCAGCUUGCGAUGACGAGACCAAAAAGCACGUACAGUCUCUGUAGCGGCAGGCUGAACUUUGUAUUACCAUGCCAAGGCUCGUUUUAUCCUGAAGUGGGUGAGUGAGCACGACAAAUUCUCUAUUAGUAUGUACAUACAAUGCCCCCAAAUAUUCUACUGCUGGAGACUGUACGCUAAGCAUCGAGCUGACGUUCGUAUAAACAGUAGCGAUAAUAUCACGCAUAAAAUGCCCGACUGCUUGCCCAUAAUAUCAUACUCUAACUAUUGUGAUAUGACUAUAACCCAUGACUGUUUGUUUUUAUAAUCGAUGUCUGUUUACUCGGCAAGCUUUCGAUAUGCGCCAUCCUUUCUUUGUUUCUAUCCUGGUAUUAUUGUCUAAUCACAAUCUAAUUAUAAUUUAAAAUUAAGCUCUCAAUUGGAACGAGUAUUCUUACGAAGGUACUUUUUUUUCUCCCUACACUAACAUGCGCGCCAAUGCCAAUAUUACGCGGUUAACAAGAGUUGGAUUUUUUUGCAAGCAUGUUUACCCCUCGAAGUUGACUGCCGACAUUUUCAACUUUUUUUUUUUUUUUCGAUAUUGUACAUAAUGUGUAUAUACAUUUAAUAGGUCUACACAAUUUCAUGUUGUACUCUAUUAUAUCAAACAGCUAAGUGCCGUUGUCUGCGUCAGUAAGAGAAAUGAUAACAAUAGUAUAUUUAGCUAGCAGGGACAUCAUGUCCCGCCCAGGUCAGGACACUGAAAAAGUGGGCUGGGACGUCAUGGCAGAGUUACGGUGCCUCUGCUUGACCCAUGCAAUAGUAUAAGUUGAUACCAUCCUAGUGAAGUGCAGGAUUGCCGAUGAAUGUGCCUAACCAUCGAUAAAAAGCCAGUCGGCCAAUGCCGCGGCAAUUCAAACACUAGUCCACUGUCGGAAAGUUUGAUAGUAAUUGAGAAUAACGGUAUUGCUAACAGAUAUUAUAUGAUUAUGAUGUACAUAAGGCACCACCACCACCACCACUUAUUACCUCAAACCAUUACGAUUAUACGAGCUCAUCCUUGAGCCUUGAACUAGAUGAGUCAGAUCUACCUUGAUCUGUCUAUCACUUGCCGUAUGUAUCUUUGCUUCUGUUAUUAUAUUUAUGAUCAUGGAGAAAAUAAGCCUGCUGUUUACUAAUAGUAGUGAUAUAACUGAUAUUGAGGACGCUGAUCAUCAAGGCGUCUUAAAGGGUUUACUGAUACGCAGAAGACCGCUGUAGAGAACAAAGUGUGGCGCGCCAAAAGCUUGCUUUGGUCUCUGGCAAAGCGCCACCUGCGUACAUAUUUUCCCUGUCGAAGCCUAUUCAGUAGGGAAAGCUGGAUCGUAUAUGACUUCAGCAAGCUAGACAAAAUAAUAAGUAAUAUUAAUAGCGAACGAUGUAAAUAAAGAAUUCUACGUGUAAA